AUGCAGCAGAUGAAAGUUGCUUGUGAUUUCAAAAUGAAUUGGAAUGCAUAUACUGUUGCAGCUAAUUGGUACUUGAAAGCUGGCUUAAUUGAAAAGAGUUGGACAAUGCUGAAGAGGUCAGAGCCUCUAAUUACUGGUAGAAGUAGAAUGAGACAGUUUGCUUAUGAAGUUCUGAUUACUGUAUAUGCUUCUACUGGUAAUAAACAUGAAGUGUAUCGUAUAUGGAAUUUGUAUAAGAAUAUGGGAAAAGUCUACAACUCAGGCUAUGUGUGCAUUAUAAGCUCUCUGAUGAAAUUGGACGACAUUGAUGGUGCAGAGAAGAUCUUGGAGGAGUGGGAAUCUGCAGAUACAGUUUUUGAUGUUCGGGUACCAAAUAUUGUUAUCAGUGGUUAUUGCAGAAAGGGUCUUUUGAGAAAGGCUGAAGCAUAUGUAAACAGGCUUAUAGAGAGUGGAAAGGUGCCUGAAUCAACCUUAUGGGAUCGUCUGGCAACAGGAUACCAUGUUCAUGGUCAGAUGGCAAAGUCAGUGGAGACUAUGAAGAGAGCAAUCUUGGUAAGUCAACCAGGGUGGAAGCCCAACCAAUUUACUUUGGCAGCAUGUCAUGAGUAUUCAAGACAACAGGGAGAUAUGGAAGCAGCAGAGGAGUUUUUGAAAUUACUCAAAAAAAGGAGUGAAUCCGUAGGACAUAUUCAUGAUAAAUUAGUUAGUACUACUAACAAUGAAAGUCUUGGUGCCCAAGCCCUUGAUGAGAUGGAAACAGAGGAACAGAUUGUUGAUGGGGAAGCUUAUGAAAUCAUUGAGUCAAAGGAUGAAGGAAGCAGCUGA